UUUUUACUAUCAACCAAAUGGGAACUUCCACUCUUGACGUUAAGGUUAUCAAGGCCUCCAUUGUUGAUAUGGCGUCGUAGUAGGACGUUUGUAGGUUACUAUGAAGUUUAAAAACAAAUAAUCUACUAUCGAAACAAACCUCGGAAGUAGAGGUCUGAUCAAACACAAACGCACUACCAAAAAUCUGCGGGUGAAACAUGCCUGCUUGGACGGCCGUAAUUAGAUUGUUACGACGACGUAUAGUUCUAGGCGUGAUCUUCGCUGUUUCUUUCACGUACUGUGCGCUCAGCUUGAUUCAGCACGAGAAAAGGGCAGCCUUGGUUGAGAAUGACUCCGACGAUGACCAGUUAUAUUUUUCAACCGAUAAGCCUUACCUGUGGCAGAUGCAAGCGUUGAGCGAAGAAGGAGAUGAAGAUAGAGACCAGGAUACAGCUUUGACUCUAAAUAACAGCGAUCCCUUAAGAAAUAAUUGCAGGAAUUCUAUACAGGGCAAGGCACUGAUCGUAGACGAACGUGGACUAGUUUGUACGAGAAGUGAAGUCUUGCCUUCCGGAUGCUGUUCAACAGAGGUGUUGACCCUUUUAAACGGAAAUCCAAACCAAUCUGAAGCUCCUACCCCAUUGAGUGUCAAACGGGAACGUUAUAGCUGCCUGACCUGCAACGCCGAAGGUUGUUGUGCAAUUUUUGAAUACUGCGUCUCAUGCUGUCUGCAUCCAGGAAGGCAGGCAGCAAGCAAUAAGGUUGCAAAGGAUCCGGAGAAAAAAUCUGGCCACGAUCAAAACCGCAGAUUGAAAAGAACUGAGGAAGGAGGGCGUGCAGAGGCGAAUGCCAUGCGACAUCGCUUGCGUACUCUCGAUCGGUUUCAAGUCUGCUUAGCUACAUGUCGUACCUCAAGCGCUUCGGUGCGGCAUGAAAACACUUAUAAAGAUCCACACUCAAAAUACUGCUAUAAUCUGCUCUCCCAAAACGUCAACCAUAAUCAACGCUCUCGUCGUGACUUGAAUCACAUUAAAUUCACAGCUCAGGAAGAAGUAUAGGAUACUAGUUCAGGAUAAUUUAGCUGUUGACUAUUUUUGGGAAGAACAAGAGCCGAGUGAAGGGGAUAUGAAGUUGAAGAGCUGGGAAAAUCCUUAUAUAUUGAUAGAAGUCUGUUGGCUACAAUCCAAAUUGCAUUUAUUUCAUCGUCAGUUGAUGUUGAAAUGGGUAAAAUAUAAUGUACCUGUAGGAACUUUUGGCUCCAGAUUAUAUUUGGACUUUGGGAAAUAAGUUGGAGACUACCUAGGAAAAAAAAAACCGAACGAACGGAACUGAGGGUAAAACAUAAUACGAACUAAAUUACAAAAACAUCUUAUAUCUAUGGUAUAGGUCUAAUGUGUUAAGUCUAAUUUACACAAUGGUAACAAAUAUUGUAUAAAAUAGUAUGCGUGUUGCUCGUAGGUAUUGUACACGGUUCGAGCCUUACGCUUAGCAGCUCUAUAGCUGAGUUACAAGGAUGGCGCCGCGCACAAAUCAGGAAAUUGAGUGCUCGACAAAAAAUUCUAUACCAAAAUGAAAAUUUUAAAAAACGUUUGUUAACGCGGCAGAGACCUCGUUCCUUCUGUGCGAUGGGUAGUAUACAUUUACCGGAUAUAAUUGAUUAGUAGUCACAUUACAGCUCGUUUAUAAUCAUUUUUAGACACGCUUGAUUCACAAUACGUGAUGACAUUGUUCACUCUGUGGUUCAAACAUGUUACGUAAACUCAUCAUUUGAUACUUGUUCUAGUUCUUCGCUACGUCACAAUAAUGAUUUACGAUGAUAUAUGAUCGAUGAGUGGAAUUUGAAAAAAAAUUACAUAAAUUCCAGCGAAAUCACCGAGACUUGCGAUACACUGUGGAACUUUUUUUAAAGACUUAACAAACGUUCUUCAAAUUUUACAUGCACGGUUAAUCCACCUGGUCAUCAUUUUUAGCAAAUGGAAAAACGGGGUAUUGGAAGUUACUCCUUUUCUUUACUGCUUCCUCUUCGUAAAUCAUUGAAAUUCGUAAAAAAUAUAAUAUUUGUCUGUCCUUUUUCUCCUCUUGGUGUUACAUCUCGUGACUAGAUUCAUUUUCGAUUUAUUGUUUUCUUCUGAAAGUCGCAUUUGGUAAAACUGGUUCGCUCCGGUUAAGCUUAAUUAUCUACCCAGAACACACCUCAGAGUGCUCGUCCCAGGCAGACACCUGAUUAAACAAAAUUCACGAUUUAGCAAAUCA